UCUGUCACGGGGGUCUCUCUCCUCCCGCCCCAUCGCCUCAUUUCUCUUCAUAUGAUUCUGGGGGAGAAGAAACAUUUGAUUUAUUUCGUGCUCCAUUGCGAUCGAGUGUUUUUGGGGGGACUUUGGCACAUGCUGGCACUUGUUCAGUCUGCAUUUAUAACAUGCAGAUGCGCUGAAUGCUGAAACUGGAUUGCACUCAUGCUUUGACCAUGACAGCUGCUGGACACGACAAUGUUUGGGAUAAAAGCGAUGCGUUGGAAGUAAGCGUGAGGUUUGGCGCGAGUGUCUCAGCCGAGCACUGAUAAAUAAUAAUGCUACUGCAUCAGCUGCAAAACUACCAGAGGGACAGGAAUACACAGAACAAAUACACAGGAUCUCACUAACUGGGUUUGAAUACUGGACGCACGUCUCAGAUGACUGGGACGCUUUAAAGACUAGAGAUCCUGCAGGAUAACCAUCAUCCACAUGCUCCUGAGAGGAACAGAGACACGGGAGGAUGUCAGCAGAGGCAGAACUUCAAGCCCACGUCAGAGUCAGUGUCCGGAAGGAGUCCAGAAGACCAGGUGGGGAUCGCAGCGAGCAGGCCCUGAUUCAGCGCUUCAGAGGCGACGGCGUCCGCUACAAGGCCAAGCUGAUCGGGAUUGAUGAUGUGAAGGCCACACGCGGAGACAAACUGUGUCAGGACUCCAUGAUGAAGCUGAAGGGCAUUGCUGCUUCAGCCCGCUCCAAGGGGAAGCACAAACAGAGAAUCUUCUUGACCGUGUCUUUUGGAGGAAUCAAGAUUUAUGAUGAGAGAUCAGGGGUCUUACAGAGCCACCACUCUGUACAUGAGAUCUCCUACAUUGCCAAAGACACAAGGGACCAUCGCGCCUUCGGCUACGUGUGCGGAAAAAAAGGCAACCACAAAUUUGUGGCAAUCAAGACCAGCCAUUCGGCAGAGCCAGUUAUACUGGACCUGCGUGACCUUUUCACCCUCGUCUAUGACAUCAAAAAGAGGGAGGAGUCACAGGAAAAGGCUCAGAAGGACAAGCACUGUGAACAAGCCGUCUAUCAGACGAUUCUGGAGGAUGAAACUGAUGAUCCGGUGUAUCAGUACAUUGUGUUUGAAGCUGGACACGAGCCCGUCCGUUUCCACCAAUCAGAGGAGAGCAUUUACCAGGUCCCCACAAGUCAUCAGAAAGACGGGAUCUAUGACGUUCCAAAACACCAUCUUAUGACUAAUAUAAACCAAUUUGAUAUUUUCGGUGACAUGGCAACCCCCCCAGACAUCCUCUCUAUGCCAGCGUCGCCUGCUACUGCACUGGAUCCUGGAAGAAGGCGACGUCAGCACCGCCCAGAACUCUUCACCCAUUUUAGCCCACCGGCUGUGCCCUCAGGUUAUAUGACCAUGGGUGCUAUCCAGGCUGCUCACUGGACCCAACAAUCGUUUGCUACCCAGGCUGCUCCAAUGGCUUUUGGGGUUCAGGGACCAUUGCAGGUGGCUCAGAUGCUUCCUGGAGGUCAGCCUGUGAUCUGGGGUCAGGCUAACCUCUUCCACUCUCCAGCCACGGGCCAGCAGCAGUGGGCGUUCGUACCAGCCCAGACAGUUGGCAUGGGGGCGCAUCCAAUUCCAGCCGCCGUGCUUCAGGGUAUGGUCCCCAUAGCUGCCAUGCGCCCCCACUCCUGUGAACCUCCCGAGACUUCAUCAAACAUUAUAAGUCCUCAGCACUUUGUAGAUACUGCUGUACAGCAAAGUGGAUCUAAGCACGCCUUAAACAAGGACCCCCCGGAGGAAACAAUAGCUGUUCACAUUAGCACAAGCAAACAUGACGCUGCACAGUCCAAUGGGAAACAGGAAAUGGACUGCUGUGGUGAGCUUGAACUUUCACAGCUGAGAUUGACUUCAGAGUCAUCAAUAUCAUCAUACCCAACUGAUUCUUAUUCUGCUCCUGGUUCGGAGCAGGAAACCAUGUCCCCAACAGCUGCCUCCUUAAUAGAGUCAUCGCUCCUGACUGCAAAACACAGCUUAGUCAAUGUACCAGUAGUUUUGCAGGCUUGUGCUCAAACUCUUGGCACUGAUGAUGAGACACCACCAGAUGCUCAAAUAAACCUUCCAGACUCUUCACAGCUGGAUAUCCAAAGAGAGAUGUCUUCUGGGAAGAAUGCCUAAACAUAAAGAAGAGCACUGAGGAAAUCCAGAAAUCACAGUGAUACAGCUGGGACUUAAAGCUGUGUGAGCUCCUUUGGACAUUUGACAAAUAUUAAUAACUGAUAGAAAGGAAAAUCUAUUUUAAUAAAUGAAGUGCACCUUUAGUUUGCAAUGGACUUGAAAACUAGUCAUUACUAGUUUUUUUGUUUUUGUUUGUUUUUUUAAAUAUUAAAAUGUCACAAUAUGAGAAACUGGACCAGUGAACCGUUAUAGUCAUUUGAUGAACUUUGGGAAUGAUUUCUAUUGGCAUUUCUAAUGCACAAUUACCUGUGAAGCUGUGUAGUUGCGUUCUUCGUCUGGAGAAGCCAAAAACAUUGGUUAAAAUCAUGUUGUUUUGCUUUUCCUGAAAGGAACUGUAUUGAAUGUUUAUAUUGUGAUGAGCCUUUUCUUAAAGAAAAGAAAAAAACUUUCAAUGACCAUCUGCAUGGCUUAUUUGUUUUUUGUUUUUUUUUGUUUUUUAAAAAGCUUGAUGACAGACAUACUCUUUUAUAUUUUACACAAUGACAUAUGAUUAUUUAACAAGGAUAAUUUUUAAAUAAUGUUCAAAUAAUGUACUGUAUGUAUUAUGAUACUGUCAAUGUUUUUGAAUGACAAAAUGUAUUUGUUGAAUUUUAAAUCUCUGUUGUAGAGCUUUUCUUAUUAUAUUUGCGUCACAGUGUUACAAGCUCAGUGCAGUUCAUGAGCAAUACUAUAAACUGUAUCUGUUCAGGUUUGAUGUUUAAUCAUUAUUUUUGCCUCCUCUGUGAAUCUAUCAGAACAGGUCCAAGGGCUACAACCUUUACACAGUCAAGACGUGUUGUAGAUAAAGCAGUUCAAAGACAGUUACUUUCUGGAUAUCUUUGUUAAUUUGUAUACAAAAAUAUAACUUUUUUGUAUUGUAGUAAUUUUCUCACAUGAAUAUAUCUUAAAAAAGAAAGUGCAAUUUUAUUAUUUCUUAUUAAGUAAGAAUCAGUCGCUGUAAUGAAGCAUUUUAGUUUGCCUUAUUUUGUCAACUAAAAAAAAAAGAGAGACAAAUCGAUGAGAAAUCCAGAAGACUAACAGCAAAUCAACUGAAAUAGCAAAUAAUGUCACAUUUCUGUCAUUGGUUAGAUGUACUUAUGUCUUGAUGUCAUUAUUAUUUUUUUAUAUAAAGGAUAAGGAAGUAUUAAGAUCUUAUCUAACAUAUUAGAUUCUGCCAAAUAUGCUUGAGGAUUCAAUAUACUGAAUAACCAAGGAUCUUUCUUUCCUCCAACAUAGGGCACAUUUCCUGUUGCACUGGUUAAUGAUGGAAAACAAACUGUAUUUAUGUUCAGUCUCGAGUUGAGAAAUGACACCUAUUCAGCACAUGCUCAAUAAAAUUAAU